AGAUCAUCUACCAGUACUCAUAUUGUUGAGAGACGCAGGUGUAGCUGGCUACUAAGUUACAAAGACGCCCUAGCUUCUUCGCCGUAAUAGAUGGCAUGAUGUGCUUUUCUACUAAACAGCCCGGGGAGGGCUCUGAAAGAGUUCGGAGAGCGUAGUCGUGUUCGUCUUUUUGACGCCAACAAGAAGAAGCUUCCUUCCUGGCUCUCUCAUGGCUUGUUGGUGAUCGAGUUCUUUCUCGGCUGUCACGAAGAUGUUGCAUCUCAGUACUGCAUUCUGAAGACGAGGAGAAGGCGGGCGCGCUGCCUCUCCUCUCCUGGCGCGAUUCGACACUGGUAUAGGAAACCGGCGCAUUCUGGCUAACGCGUCAUCUUGCGUUGCCAAAAAGCUGCGACGAGCACCGCAAUGCGACAUGCCGCAGUCAGAAGGCGGGCGAGUCGAUCAUUGUUACGACGACCGGAAAGGACGACAGGAGCCCACGGAGCGGGUACUUCUCUUCAGCCCUCAGCAAAGCCGUCACAAAAUCCGGUCCCUCCAAAUGAAGCAAGUGGCCGCUGCUGGGAGUCUUCUUCAUCUGCAGCUUCGGCUGCGUUCUCUUCGUCCAGUUCACCGUGUCCGUCGUCCACGACGAAAAAAUGCAGCACCCCGGCGUGGUCGACCUCGAGAGUCGCCUCCUUCAGAAGACGUGGCACAAAAAGAACCCCACCAACGUCGACGCCGCUCGACAAGGUGGACGCAAGAACAAGAUUGGACAUGAAGGUGGCUUUUUUGCCGAGUAGUAGAAACCCCCGUCCGAAGCUCCUAUGGCGUCUCCAGCAGACACAGACGGGCGCCACUACUCAACCGCUCCACCACCUGUUCGAGCGGUGGCGACAGAGCAGCGCGUUGUCCAUGUUGUUUAACUCGGUCGGGCAUUUGAGCAUGUGCCUGUCCGUCGCGCCGAUUUGUCCGCCGAAGCUGUUUUGGAUCAUGCCACUGCUGCUCCUCCGGUCUGCCUUCCGGACCCAUCUGGUGACAAAUAUGACGGCGCUGCGAAACGCGGUGACGAGACAGUGCAGCAGCGUGAGUUGCAGGAGAAUCAUUGCGCAUGAUUCCACGCCGAUGUUGGGGGUUGCAGAAGGUACUAGCACAGGACGAGGCGAAAAUCUAAUGGCUGGAACACAAACGACGACGGUGCUGUCGGUGCCCUCCAAUCAGGAUCUUGCUGCGUCUUCACCAUCAUGUUCUACAACUUCUUCUGCUGCAUCCUCUUCAUCCUCCAGAAGUCCACGCGAUCGGCCGACCCGCACUCCACUACCACCACGUUACGAGCUCACUCUGCGUUACGCGGGGGGCUUCCGCCGCAUCCUGACGAUUGGGAAACUCACGGAAAACGAGCUGCGGCAGCAGGCGACUGAGAGCACGCGAUCCCGGGCUGUGGAGAUCUUCGGUCCUGUGUGGGCGAAGAAGCUAUUUCCGACUUUGAGGAGGCUGCCGGAAGUAGGGGAAGUAGGGGACGAGGAGCAUGGGGACAUCGAGUCGCAACGACCACACUCGUUUCGGUCUUCCUCUAGACCUACGAGUGGCAGCACGUCUUCAUCUUCAACAGCACACGCACACGACAACGACGGCUGCAACAGCAUCAGCUUCAGCAACAGCGUCAUCUCCGACACGAACCUCGCGCCCCUUUCCGCCGUUUUGGAUUCCACGCUGAUCUCCUUCGAUCUGGACAAAUGUACGAUCCCGAAGCAGCUCCGCAAGCAGAAGUUAUCCUGUGCAAAAGUAUCGCACUCGUAGUGCAGGCAUGUGCAUUACAAAUUUUUUUCUUGAGGGAAAUCCGCAUUACAUACGAGUACGAUACUUUUGCAAUGCAUAGAAGUGGUUUCGCGACGAGGAAGAGCCGUACUUUGUGCUCGAGGAGCGGACGGAGUACGACCGAACGCGGAAGCAAACCAUCGCCGCGGAAGUGAACUGCAUGGGUGUGCGCCGGAGCAUCGCCCGGGCGUUGGCGAUCAGGAUGCUGGCGGAGCGGGCAAUGAGUAAGAAGUGCAUCCGCUGGUGUCACGACGGAAGGAUCUUUCGCAGGAAAAGCGUACGGCGGAUUUUUUCGAGAAAGGCUAGGAGGAGAAGCGGGCGGGCCGAUGGAGGUACAGCUGAUCGAAUAGUUGUGGAAAGCGACAAGAAAACUACACAUACCCACGUGGCAACUCCGGCUGCGGCGCAUUCUUCAAGCGCUGAAGCUACUCCCACUGGCGCAUGCGCGUCCUCUUCCUCACCACCGACAUCAUCAACAGGAGGUCGGGUAUUUUCAUCAGCGAGCGAUAUACAAUUACAACAACGAGGACAACGACAACCACAGCACGACCAUGAGCCGAAAGCUCGCUGUUCGGUGGAGCGAGAUCACGCGAGUACCAAUCAGAACACAGGACGUGCAGCUGCAGCGCCAUCAGCGGGUUCAAAAGCGAACGUGCCUCCCUUCGCAGAGCAGCUCAGACUAGUGCGGAAUCGCGUCGAUUUUCUUCUGCAACGCCGGCUUCAGAGGUACAAAGCCUCUUUGGACAGCUUUCUGCGAAAUUACCAUCCGGCGUUUCUACAGGGCGAGUUAGAAGUGGAUGUGUUUCGAAAGGAUAAGGCGAGUGAUUGGAAGGUACGAGGAGAAGAAGCUGAAGCGCCCACGGCAACAAGUGGUGAUCACGAAGGUUCACGUCCAUCUUCAUCAUUCUCCUUAUCACGAAUCACCCAUGAGGCACCAAGAAGUGUUGGUGACGUGACUCUUCCAGGUCCGACAUGUGAAUAUUCGGCAGAAGCAGACGUUGGCCAACAGGAAACAAGUCGCAAAAAGAAUGAGGGCCAUCUUCGCGAAGAUCCUAAGCGGCGAUACCACAUGCGCACGAAAAUGAAACUGCCGAUCGCAAGGAUACCCGCGUCUGUCAUCGGCAGACCGUGGCACCACAUGACGCUGAACGACGUCCGUGACUUUACAAGGAGCCGAACUUUGCUGAGUAAUCUUACAGGCACAUCUUCAGUGAAUCGCUACGGCAACGGCGGCGCCACGUGUAAUUCCGGACAGCACGAAGAUGGCCAUGGCGCUGAAGGCGCAGCCAGAGGAGAAAAGAACGCUGACGAUGCAACCAUCAUCGAGAUCGGCCCCUUUGUGUUUCACAUCGUCACACCACACGCGAAGGCAGACCGAGUUAAGAGGGUCAGCUUGCAGCGGGAACUGCAAACCAUGUUGAAAAAGGACAGAAGCGACGCGCUGCGAACCUUUUUUGGUGGAUUGUUGCUGCUGGGUGUGAGCCAGACAAUCUUUGAGGACCUUCUGUGAAGAUCUUGGUCAGUUGCAAAAAAAGAACUGCAGAACGCACGUUGCGAAAAAUAUUUUUACUAGAGCUACCUCCUUCGAGUUUUACGGUUCAUGUUCGAGUCUUGUGGUAUCGGUAUGUCUAUGUGGAAGCCAAAGAGCAAGCGAGCUGUCCGUAAUUAAGGCCAGCUGUGGCUUUGAUGCCAUCAACGUGUUCUCCUUUUUGUGAUAGAUUGCGG